AUGGUUUUCUCAGUUUCCGUAUUUGCUUCUCUUGUACCAUACAUAGUCUCAGCAUUACUUCUCUUCCUUCUCCUCGAACAACUCUCUUACCUUAUCAAGAAACGUAACCUCCCUGGUCCACUCUUCGUACCUCCGAUCAUCGGAAACGCCGUUACACUCGUCCGUGAUCCCACUUCCUUCUGGGAGAAGCAAUCCGCAACGGCCGGAAUCUCCGGUGGUCUCUCCGCAAACUACCUCAUCGGAAAAUUAAUCGUCUACAUAAGAGACACAGAGCUUUCUCAUCAAAUCUUCUCAAAUGUUCGUCCCGAUGCUUUCCACCUCGUCGGACAUCCUUUCGGCAAGAAGCUAUUCGGUGAUCACAAUCUCAUCUACAUGUUCGGCGAGGAUCACAAGUCCGUUCGCCGUCAUCUCGCUCCAAAUUUCACUCCCAAGGCAUUCUCCACUUACUCUGUUUUACAGCAGCUAGUCAUCCUCCGUCAUCUACGGCGGUGGGACGAGAGUUUCUCCGGCGUAUCUCGUCCGGUCUCGCUGCGGAACCUCGUCCGCGAACUCAACCUCGAGACAUCUCAGACGGUCUUCGUUGGACCGUACCUCGACAAGGAAGCGAGGAGCAGGUUCCGUACGGAUUACAAUCUGUUCAAUCUUGGUUCGAUGGCUCUCCCAGUAGACCUCCCAGGUUUCGCGUUCGGCGAGGCUCGCCGGGCGGUGAAGAGACUGGCGGAAACACUCGCCGUAUGCGCGGGAAAAUCGAAAGAGAGGAUGGCUUCAGGAGAAGAACCGACGUGCUUAAUCGAUUUCUGGAUGCAAGCGAUCGUCGCGGAGAAUCAACCGCCGCCGCACUCCGGCGACGACGAGAUCGGCGGUUUCCUCUUCGAUUUUCUCUUCGCCGCACAAGACGCGUCCACGUCAUCACUUCUCUGGGCGGUGACGAUGCUCGAUUCGGAGCCGGAGGUGCUAAGCAGAGUGAGGGAGGAAGUCGGGAGGAUCUGGUCGCCUGAGUCCAACGCGUUGAUCACCGUCGAUCAGAUGACGGAGAUGAAGUACACGCGCUCGGUGGCGCGUGAGGUCAUAAGAUUCCGACCACCGGCGACUAUGGUCCCACACGUCGCUGCUACGGAUUUCCCUCUCACGGAAUCGUACACAAUCCCAAAAGGUACGAUUGUUUUUCCUUCGGUUUUCGAUUCCUCGUUUCAAGGGUUUACUGAACCGGACCGGUUCGAUCCGGAUCGGUUUAACGAGACCAGGAAAGAGGAUCAGGUGUUCAAACGCAACUUUUUGGCGUUUGGGUGGGGACCGCACCAGUGCGUGGGGCAGCGUUACGCGCUGAACCACCUCGUGCUCUUCGUCGCAAUGUUCUCGACGCUCUUUGACUUCAAGAGGUUUAGAUCGGACGGCUGCGAUGAGAUCGUUUACAGCCCCACGAUUUCGCCCAAGGACGGGUGCACGGUGUUCUUGUCUAGGCGCGUCGCAGCGUAUCCGAACUUCUCUGCUUGA